AUGGUUGCCGAAGUUAACCUUCCUAUUGCUCCAAUUGCAAUAUUUUAUCUGUGUUGCUCUAUUGUGAGUUGCACCGGAAACUCAAUUAUGAUAAUUCUGUUUAUCAAAGAAAAAAACUUUCACUCCCCUUGUCAUUAUAUGAUCACGUUCAGCUGUCUGGCGGAUAUGCUGCACCUAUGUGGCCAUUUUGUAUUCAAUUACCAUAUUUUUGCAGACGUAACGGAUACACAGGCAAAUUGUUAUUGGAUGCUAUUUUUCACGAGUAUCGGUAAAACAAUGAGCAAUCCGCUGAUAUUGAUGACCGGAAUUGAUAGGCUGAUUGCUUGCAAGUCACCAGUUUUAUACCGAGCUCUUCUUGAACGUCCGAAUCUGUACGUGUGCGGGCAAUUGAUUCUUCCAACAGCUUACUCAUCAUUUCUCAUGGUAUCUGGUUUUCUACAAAGAGAUACUGUAACACAAAUAUAUUGCGCAGUUCCUGCAGCGUUUGCUGGCACCGCAUUUUCCAAAUUUAAUACGAGUGGGAUAUUUAUCAACAUAGCAAUUGUGAUAGUUUAUUUUUUCACCUUUCUCCAACUCCGCACCUACGCAGGAGCUACUCAAAUGAAAGUCGUGUUCCGCUCGAUUCUUUGGACAGUGAUAUUCGUGAUAAUUGGCUGGAGUAGUGUGACCAUUGCAAAUCAGUUUGCUAUAUUUGCAAAAGAUGCAGCUACUCGGAAGCUCAUUUCUAUUUACGCUGGAAUCGGUGUUAAUCUCGCUUGCGCCAGUAAUAUUUUUGUUUUCUACGCCAUCAACACGGAAUAUCGAAAUGCGAUUCGGCGCCUUUUUGGCUUAUCCAGCAGUCUCUCUAAUCGUGCAACGAGUCUCGGACCGAGAAGUACAACUAAAAUAACACCAGUUACUACGAUGUAA